AGGAAGGUAAAACUAAUUGCUCUUUUUUUGUUUUUCCUGUUCUUGCAGAGAGUGCCCUCACAUGACGCACCGGCGGGGCGGACACAGGAUCGAACAGUUGUUAGCUCGUCCAACACCCGUUGCUUUCACACACUCACACAAAAAGAAUUUGUUUCUCGUCGGACUUUUAUUUUCCUCCUUUUUUUUUCUGACUACUGAAAUUAUUUUCGUCCGCUUCUCCCCCCACUAAUCCGCUCAUUUACGUGUGUGUAUUGCGUACUGUUCCACGUUUUAUCUUCGUGCUGUCUUCCUUUUCCUUUAUUACUUUGCUCCCCGGUGUGGCCUGUGCGACCCAAAAACAAAAGCCACACCGGUCAUCGUACAGCACUAACGUGGCUCCGUACUCUGUUCGUCUACCUCUGCCAUUUCCGAGCGGCUGGGCGCAAAGCGCAGCUGGACCACCGCGGAGAGGAGCGAUCAUCGAAUCCUUUCAUGUAUAGUUUUUUUUCUCAUUUUUCUAAAAUUAAAUGUAUGUUCUCAAUAGACUCAAAUAAAGACCCCCAACUAGUGCCAAGCUCCGUUGACACCCAACACACACACACACACACACACACACAAAGUAUAGGUAACGUGUAUAUGUAUCCCGAUCCUUCAGAAAUAGAGGGGCGACGGCUGCGGCGGAAGUUAGAGCGCUCCCCCGCCCACCCGCCAUUGGUGGAGAUUACAGUGGAGGACGAGGCGGUGCAUGGGUGGCCAAACUGGCAGCAGUUCUCUCCUCAACUUCGCCUGCCCGACUUCACGCCGCCCUUGUCCUUUACGGGCUCCAACGGUGCCUGGUGUGCGUCGCUGUCCGCUGCGGGAGAAACUCUUCUCCCCGCAGGCGACGGAAGUGGCAGUGGCGCUUCUCUACGCGAGGACCUGUGGCAUCUGCAGAAGCGGCAAGGGCUGCAGGUGAGCACGGUGACUUUGCUGGUUCUUGUGUUGUGCUUCGGUGUCUGCCUGGUUGGUCUCUUUGGCUUUCUCCCAAUGUUCCUUAUCGGGUCUCGUGACAUCACCGUGGCGGUGCAGCUCGCCCAGGCGCAGGCCGUGGCGAGUAUCGUGGCCUCCACCUCCAUGACGAUGAGUCGGCUGCCCAACAUAAUUCAUUUUGUUGUGGCGGCCUACAUGUCGACGCUGGAGGGCGCCGCACCGCACACGGCGGAGCGCGACGAGGAGGUCGUCUUCUUCCUCGCCAAUGUGAUGAGACAAGUGCGUUACCGGGACUUUCUCACCUUCAUGACCGGGGUGCACGCCACACCUGGGCGGGAGCGGCUUGUGGGUGUUUCUGCCUUGCACAGCAACACCACGCUUGCGUCUGCAGUGGCAACCGCCAAUGAGACGGCGGUGCUGUACGCCGUAGACGACGAGACGCACCUUACGAAGGUACCCUAUACGGUUGUGAUGGAUACGGGCAUAUCCAUCAAAGACUACAUUUCAACCCGCUGGUGCAGCGCACAGGACCCGUAUGUGGAGACGAAUCCGGGUGGGAUGAGCGCGUCCGCGGCGACGACGGAGGUGUGGAAGCCAUGGAACUACACACGGCGAUUUACGUACUUUAGUUUGAUGGUGCCGCUUCCACCGUCAUCGAAGGCCGGCAUUCGAGGCACUUUUGUAGAAGGAGGGCUGCGCAGCUCGUACAUUGCAAACAUGGUGCGUGACCACUUCCGCUACGCCGUUCGUGAACAUGGGUGUUACAUGCUGGUUGACCUAUCGCGCGAUCUUGUGGUAGCCAACUCGUGGAACCAGUCUUUUCGUGGAGUGGAGGGCCUCGACGACGCACACGACCCCUUUAGCGUGGCGAACAUCGACCAUCCGCUCAUGAAGGCGGCAGUGAACGCUUUAGAGAAGCGGAAAAACCAUCAAGGCGUGGCGGAGCGGAUCACCAAAAUGCAAGACGAGCAGCUCGUUUUUCGUUACAACGGCAAGAUGGCUGUUCUUCGCGUGUCACCCAUUCGUGCGUCGCCCGGACUUGACUUGAUGUUCCUCUCCGUCAUCAUACAGCGCGAUUUUUUUACGAACAUCAACCAAACGCUGAGCUCGCUGACCUACACGAUGUUCGCCGCCGUGAUCGCCACCGCUGUUGUUUCGUACGUUGUGGCGGUCUACUUGCGCGACGCCGUUCAGCACCUCACCGUUGCCCUGCGCGCCUCCUCCAAGCUACAGUUCACCACCGAGUUUGGCUCGUGUUGCUCGCCGCAUUCUCGCAUUGUUGAGGUGGAAGACGUCGAGGAAACGUACGCGCAUGUGCAACAACAGCUCAUGACCCUCAAGACGAUACUACCGGGCUCGCUGCUGAUCACGGAAAACAACAUUGCAGGCAUCUCCGACGGCGAGGUAGCGAUCGCGAGGAAGCGUCGCAAGUCGGCACACACAGGCGAUUCGGUGUCCACCGCGCACGACGAGAACGGUGAGAGCAGCGGCAGCGACAGCCUCUGCGACUCGAACGUCUACUUGAGCUCCGGCAACUUCGCCGGCGGGGAGAAGAUCGACCUCCUCUCCGUUCGAUUCUCCCGCAGCUGGCAGCAGAACGUCGUGCUCAACACAAAAGUUUUUAACGAAAAAGUGAACGUCUUUCGCAAGCAGUACUGCACUCUCGUGUGGAUUUGCCGGUACUACACCGUCGGCGUGGAUGAGGCCACGCUCGACCGAUUCUUUGACGUGGUGUACGACGCGGCGAUAGAGUGCAAAGGAUGUAUACAGUCGCUGCGGCCUGAUUACGUCGUUGCCGUUUUCAACGCCCACACUUCCCUGCCCAUGCACGCCAAACUCGGGUGCGAGUUUGCGUUGGCGAUUCGAAAACGCCUGCCGCGGUCGGCGACGGAGAAGCACAACACGUUGAUUGACACGAACAACUACUACGUCGGCACGUGCGGCAUGAAAAACGGAUUUAAGAGUCGCGUGGUGUUCGACGUUAUGCCUGUUCGCUGCAUCGACAGACUCAUGCGGGAGAAGCACUAUCAUCCGAUCGUUGUGACGCAGAACACGGCGAAGCACCUGGAGUACCACGAGACAGUGCCCUUCGACGUCAUCACGGUCCCUUUCCACGCUGCCCCUUACACCCUCUACGAGCUGCGUGACGCGAGUACGGGCAACAUUGCGGAGAUGCAGCGAACGGCGGGGCUGUUCCGCAGUGGGUUUCAGCAGAUGCGCCUGGGCGAUUACGCCAACGCGUUGAAGUCCUUCGCCCGCGUCGACGCUUCUGAUGUGACGGCGCAGCGGCUGCGGCUGCUCUGCAUGCAGAACAUUCGCGAGGGCAACAAGGAACCCUACAUGUACUACUCGCAUUUUCUCAAGUUCCGCAUUCUCUCUCGAUUGGUGCACCUGCGCAAGGGCGCCAACCUGCAGCUUUUCGCAGAGCGCAUGUGGAUGCAGACCCAGGUCGGCGGCUUCUUCGCCCUCGGGCCGGUCACGCAGGCGGUGCACAGCGAGGUGAAGGGCAGCGCGCACGACUACCGAGAGAUUUGGACAGGUUUGAGAAGCGACCGCCGUGGUGCCAGCUCCGUCAACGUGGCCGCGAACAGCAACAACGACACGGUCUCGUCCACCUCGCUGACGCUGGCGUCGUCCCUCACCGUGCAAUCGCUCGACAGGCUCGGUCGACCGUUGGGGUACGAGGCGGCGGCGGAGUCGAGUCAGAGCAACGCGCCAAGCGCCGACGAGCGGGAGAGUGCGUUGAUUGAGUGGGUUGACUUCCAAUCCGCCUCGGAUACCGACGACGCUGAGGUGGUGGCAACGCGCGGUACAGCCUCGGCGGCGGCAGCGGCAGAUUCGAUCCUGCUCUGCCUGUUAGACAGCAACGGCGAGAAGUGGAACCGCGCGUUGAAGGCAGAUCACACAGGACCCGCCAGCACGGUGUACCACGCGAUCGCCGACGACGGGGUGCAGGCGGCCAUCAAGUUUCUUCCCAAGAAAAACCGCCGAAUCCCGGAGGCGCGUCUGUACAACGAGAUUAUGGUGAUGGCGAAGCUGAAGCACCUCAACAUUGUGAAGUACAUCUCGUACGUCUGGACGGCGGCACACAUCGGCAUCGUCAUGGAGUACGCGCCAGGCGGCAGUCUGCGGGACACCAUCGACAACUUCGGAGCCCUGCCCGAGUCGUUGGUGCGGCGGUACAUGGUGGACAUUUUGCACGGCCUCGCAUACCUGCAUCGCGGCGGCAUCACACACGGCGACGUGAAGCCGCACAACAUACUGCUCGGUGCAGAUGGUGUCUGCAAGCUGUCCGACUUCGGCUCCACGGUGAGCGAGGCGACCGACCUGGCUCGGUCGAACGGCAUGCUUGAGUUUCGUGGGACGGCGGUGUACACUUCGCCUGAGGUCGCCUCCGGCUGGCAGCCCACCGCCGCGUCGGACAUUUACUCGCUGGGUAUUUGCUUUCUGGAGAUGUUGAUGGGCCGGCUGCCUUGGCGUUGGACCGAUCCGCAGUCGCACGCGCGAAGCGGCGAAUGGGUGAAGAUGCGAGAAGUAGCCUUUGUCCAGGCCGUCGGCCGAGGCGAGAUCAAACCCUUCAUCUCGAGGCAGCUGUCCAAAGCAGCGCAGGAAUUCGCGCAGGCGUGCUGCUGCACCUCACCCGCGGAGCGAGCGACCGUUACGGAGCUUCUUUCCUUUCGCUUUGUUCUUUGA